AUGAGUUCUUUACUAACAUCGUACGAAUCGGAUUUCAAAACAACCUUAGAACAAGCCAAGGCGAGCUUAUCAGAAGCUCCCUCGCAACAGCUAUCGCAGAGAAAUUCUACGUUAAAGCAGGUGGAGCAGCAACAGGAUGAACUAUUUGACUUGAUAGAUCAAAUGGAUGUGGAGGUCAAUAACAGUAUAAGCAAUGCCUCAGAACGUGCUACGUACAAGGCGAAAUUAAGGGAAUGGAAAAAGGCAAUACAGAGUGAUAUCAAAAGACCGCUGCAAUCUUUAGUGGACUCGGGCGAUCGUGAUAGACUUUUUGGAGAUCUUAAUGAAUCUAAUAUUGAUGAUGACCAAAGGCAGCAGCUGUUGAGUAACCAUGCAAUCUUACAAAAAUCCGGAGAUAGAUUAAAGGACGCUAGCAGAAUAGCAAACGAAACUGAAGGAAUAGGGUCACAGAUCAUGAUGGAUUUAAGGUCACAGAGAGAGACUUUGGAAAAUGCGAGGCAAACCCUGUUUCAAGCGGAUUCAUACGUGGACAAGAGUAUAAAGACACUAAAAACAAUGGCCAGAAGGCUGGUCGCAAACAAAUUCUUAAGCUACGCCAUUAUUGCAGUGCUAAUAUUAUUGAUCCUACUGGUUUUGUUUUCGAAAUUUAAAUAA